AUCAACCAUAACGUUAUCGUGAUAGCGAAAAUUUUCGUGCAAUUUCGGCUGAUUCCCGUCAGCUUCCCAGCAUCUUUCCCAAUGCAAAGUUUCUAAGAUCCCCUCAUUGGCGACCUCCUAGCUAAUAAAAAUCUAUUUUUUCCGCCAUUCACAGUUCAUCUUCCCUUCCUUGUAAUCUAUAAUAGUCUUUUUCCCCUCGGCUGCCGUCGCUCGGGAGGGGAGGAGGGCAAGAAGGGGAUGAGGAUGGCCGGGCGAUCGCAUUGUGUGGCGGCUCUUCUGCUGCUGUAUUUGGCCGCGGCAAUCCUAUUCGAGCAGGUCAUUGCUGCGAAAUCAAUGCCUCGAGCCAUGUUUGAUGCUAACGUUCUGAAGGAUUCAAUGGUACAGAGAAUUAAUGCAAACCCUGCCGCUGGAUGGAAAGCUUUUAUGAAUCCUCGCUUCUCCAAUUACACGAUUGGCCAAUUCAAAUAUAUACUUGGAGUCAAACAGACGCCUCCCAAUGCCAUUGUUGAUAUUCCUGUCAAAACUUAUAUCAAAUCUUUGAAACUGCCAAAGGAAUUUGAUGCUAGAACAGCAUGGUCUCAUUGCAGCUCCAUUGGAAGAAUACUUGAUCAGGGACAUUGCGGUUCUUGUUGGGCUUUUGGUGCAGUGGAAUCCCUAUCCGAUCGUUUCUGUAUUCAUUUUGGCAUUAAUGUAUCACUGUCUGUUAAUGACCUAUUGGCAUGCUGCGGAUUUAUGUGUGGAGAUGGUUGCGAUGGAGGUUAUCCUAUAUUUGCUUGGAAGUACUUAGUUCAGAAUGGUGUUGUUACUGAAGAGUGUGACCCGUACUUCGAUCAGAUUGGAUGUGCUCAUCCAGGAUGUGAGCCUUCAUAUAUAACACCCAGGUGUGAGAAGCAGUGCAAGGCCAAUAACCAAGUCUGGGUGGAGGCAAAGCAUUUUAGUAUCAACGCUUAUAGAAUAAACUCUGAUCCUCAUAAUAUAAUGGCAGAGGUUUACCAAAAUGGUCCUGUGGAAGUAUCCUUCACUGUCUAUGAGGAUUUUGCCCACUAUAAAUCUGGAGUCUACAAACACAUCACAGGUGAUGAAUUGGGUGGACAUGCUGUGAAGUUAAUAGGAUGGGGUACUACUGAGCAAGGGGAAGAUUAUUGGCUUCUUGCUAAUCAAUGGAAUAGAGGAUGGGGUGAUGAUGGUUAUUUCAAGAUCUUAAGGGGAGCAAAUGAGUGUGGAAUUGAAGAGGAUGUGGUUGCUGGUUUGCCUUCACCCAAAAACUUGAUAUUAAACUUCGCCGAUGUAGAUGCAAGUGCUGAUGUUGCAUGAUCUUGGUGGCGAUAGGCUCGAACUCCACUCAAUUUUACCCUGAUGCUUCACUUGCAACAAUCUGGUCCAUAUGGUAGUUUGUUCUGCCAUUAGAGGAUAUCCUAUUGUUGACUUGCUUGUAUCUUAAAUUAGUAUGAUGCUUAGUUUUAUGGAAGUUCUCUUCAAGAUCCAAA